GGACGCCAUUUCUCUCUCUGUCUCUCUUCGCCCCCCCCCCCUCCUCUUCUCCUCGGCCCCUCUCCCGCUUCGUUCCCCUGUGAUUCGCGGGAGGCGACGACUCGCCUCUCUCGCGCUCCGAGCUGCGGUGCGGUGCGGCGGCCGCUGCUCUGCCUCCGGGCUAGCUUUAAACCCUAACCCUAAUUCGGGCGGUCCUCCGCCUCCGUCCGCGUAGGCAGGCCGAGGCGGGGGGCGCCUGGCCAUGGGGCAGUGCUACGGCAAGGGCGCGUCCUCGCGCGCUGUGGAGGAUGAGCUCGGGGUCGUGCCGGAAACGCACUCCCCUCCUCCGGCCAACGGCGUGCCGCAGACCCCUCCGCGGCCGGUGGCCGCGGCCGGGACACCGAGGCGCCGUAAGUCCGGAUCGACCACGCCGGUGCAUCAGACGCCCGGGGUCGCGUGGCCCAGCCCGUACCCCGCGGGAACCAGCCCGCUGCCGGCGGGGGUCUCGCCAUCGCCGGCGAGGUCCACGCCUAGGAGGUUCUUCAAGCGGCCCUUCCCACCGCCGUCGCCGGCCAAGCACAUAAAGGCCACGCUCGCCAAGAGGCUCGGCGGAGGGAAGCCCAAGGAGGGGACGAUACCGGAGGAGGCCGGGGUGGUUCCUCCAGGCGGUCCUGGAGUGGUUGGGGAUGGAGCGGACGCCGAGAGGCCAUUAGACAAGACGUUUGGGUUUGGGAAAAACUUCGGGGCCAAGUACGAGCUCGGGAAGGAGGUGGGGAGGGGCCACUUCGGGCACACCUGCUCGGCCGUCGUGAAGAAGGGCGAGUAUAAGGGACAGACCGUCGCCGUCAAGAUCAUCUCCAAAGCUAAGAUGACAACGGCCAUUUCCAUUGAAGAUGUUCGUAGGGAAGUGAAGAUUUUGAAAGCUCUUUCAGGGCACAAUAAUCUUGUCAAAUUCUAUGAUGCAUGUGAGGAUGCCCUCAAUGUCUACAUUGUCAUGGAAUUAUGUGAGGGUGGGGAGUUGCUAGACAGAAUAUUAGCCAGAGGUGGGAGAUACACAGAAGAAGAUGCUAAAGCGAUUGUUGUACAGAUUUUGAGUGUAGUGGCCUUCUGUCAUCUUCAGGGAGUAGUGCAUCGUGAUUUGAAGCCAGAGAAUUUCCUUUUUACAACAAGAGAUGAAACUGCUCCUAUGAAAUUGAUUGAUUUUGGUCUCUCUGAUUUCAUUAGACCAGAUGAAAGGCUUAAUGAUAUUGUUGGAAGUGCAUAUUAUGUCGCCCCAGAGGUUCUACACAGAUCAUACAGUAUGGAAGCAGACAUUUGGAGUAUAGGUGUCAUAACAUACAUUCUGCUCUGCGGCAGUCGGCCAUUUUGGGCACGGACAGAAUCUGGAAUCUUCCGAUCUGUGUUGAGAGCUGAUCCCAACCUUGACGAUUCGCCAUGGCCUUCAGUGUCAGUUGAAGCUAAGGAUUUUGUAAAAAGAUUUCUGAACAAGGAUUACCGCAAAAGAAUGACUGCUGUCCAAGCAUUGACUCACCCAUGGUUGCGGGAUGAUCAAAGGCAGAUUCCAUUGGACAUUCUUAUCUACAGAUUAAUUAAGCAAUACCUUCGUGCUACACCUCUUAAACGUCUGGCACUAAAGGCAUUAUCCAAGGCUUUAAAGGAUGAUGAACUCUUGUAUCUUAGGUUACAGUUUAAGCUGCUUGAACCUAGAGAUGGAGUCGUAUCACUUGAUAACUUUCGGACGGCUCUGACGCGGUAUUUAACUGAUGCGAUGAAGGAAUCAAGAAUUCUUGAGUUUCUGCAUGCGUUGGAACCACUUGCAUUCAGAAGUAUGGAUUUUGAAGAGUUCUGUGCUGCUGCAAUCAGCCCUUACCAGCUUGAGGCACUGGAAAGGUGGGAGGAGAUUGCUGGAGCAGCUUUUCAGCAGUUUGAACAAGAGGGCAACCGAGUCAUAUCAGUUGAAGAGUUGGCACAGGAACUAAACCUUGCUCCAACUCAUUAUUCUAUUGUGCAAGACUGGAUCAGAAAAACAGAUGGGAAGCUAAACUUUCUUGGGUUUACCAAAUUUUUACAUGGUGUCACAAUACGGGGCCCAAACACAAGACGACAUUAAGUGACCAUGAAAAGAAAGUAUUUGGUUCAAAUUUUAAAGCUGCUCAUUAUAUGGCCCUGAUUUGUUGUUGCCCCUGCUUCUUCUGUCUUGUGGUUAAUGAUCAUUCUUCUUCAUUUGUGAUGUUGCUGGUUGUUGUCACCAUAGUUUUUGUAGAGAGAAUACAUGUAAAGAUCUUUUGUGUAAUGAAGGCGGUCAGAUGGUUUGUUCAAGAAAUAUAGUGCCCUGUUUCUUUUUUGUUAGUGUUUUCAGCCCCCCCACCCGCAUCCGUAGACUCUUAGGCGAUCAAUGCAGAGUUACAGUUGCUGCCCAAGUUAAUAACAACUUAAUGACAUGUAACACCCAAAUGUACUGCUCCUUGAGAAGAUUGUGAGCUGAACUUAGGCUCUGUUAUCCUCUAUAAAUCUUCUUCUGUAUUAA